AUGAGGAAAACAUUAAAAAAAUUCAGAUCACACGAGAAACUCAUACCAGCCUUGAGGUCCUUUGAUCAGAAAGAAUCUAUAUUACAAGCUGCAAACAAGACUAUACUUUAAAGCUAGAAUUUCUAGCCUAGUAUAAUCGAUUAUCAAGAUAAGUCACAGAGCAAAAACGCGCAGAAGAUAAGAGUAACUAGAAACAUUUUGAAGACAUCAUUAGACGCUUAAUUUGCAAAAUUCAAAUAAGUUAGACUAUCUAGUCCUCAAAAUUUAUUUAACACCUAUGAGAACUAGCCCUAUUUACAUUCACAAACAGAUUAUGUUGAUUUGAGUAAUGAGUUUGGGAGAAAAACAGCUUCACCUGAGAGAAGAAGACAAGUUUUGCAAGAAGCGGUUUAAAAGAAAAUUAGACUCCAAACAAAGAGUCAAUUUUCAUAAAAUAAAAAAACAGCUAAAUAGAAACGUUAAAUUCAAACUCAAUUGGAGCAAUAAAGUUUUUAUUAAAAAAAUAGAUUGCUAGAACAGUCUUCCCUGUAAAUAAAACAGCAGAAGCAGUCAGUAAAUGGCCAAAAAUCUAACAAAGUCUUAAUGUCUUUCAUGCCAAACAUUUCAGAAGACUAUCAAGAUGAAAACCCAUAAGAUGACAGUGUCAAGAUAGCUUUAAUUUCUUAAGUGCCUAAAAUAGAGAAGAGAUAGUCAUUUGAAAAUGAAAGCAGGACAAGCAAUGCUUUCAAUAGAAAACUCUCGCAGUUCACCUAAAUCAAGCCAGUAACCCCUCAGAAAUCAAACAGGAAUUCUCCAACACCAGUAAACUACGAGAAGUAUCUAAACCCAGCUAUAUCUUCUCUAGCAUCAUAUAGAGUAGCCUAUAAGUCAAAAAGCGGAAAAAAUAAAGAUAUGAACCGAAAGCCUUCUUAACUCCACAUUCACAAGCCUAGAGCAAUGAUAGCACAGGACAUGGGCUUUCCUUAGUCUGCAAAAUAAACGAACAUUGUCAGUAGACACCAGAGUAUUGACAAAAUCUAGACUUCUGAUUUGAUGUCUGUCAGUCUCAAUCAUAAAAUUAUUGAUGUGUCUAGCGCCUCAAUAAGAUUUGGGUCUUAAUCACCCAGAAAUUUCUUCGACUCUGAGAGUAGAAAGAGCAAAAGGCGAGAGCUCAAUAAUCCUUCGAUUAUUUCUCAAGAUAAGUUGAGUAAGCGAUAUAAGAUUAAUCUAGACUCCCCAAUUGAAGAAAAUCCUACAAAAAUAUCAGAGUUUGACUUAAAACGUAAAUCUUUUGGAAUGUACUCUAUCAAAAGGAACAAGCAAUCAGUACUCUCUUAGAGGAGUAGAUCCCCAAUUAAUCAGUCAGAUAAAGAUUUGAGAGAUUGUGCAGAAAGGUCUGAACUUUAAAAAGAAUUCAACACUCACCUUAACUUUUUCCAAUAAAUGCAUACAAAUGUGAAGAUGUAGAAUAACAUUCUUCUAACCAGAGUAAAAGAUAACUAGACAGAUCUAGACCUACUUGAAGCUAUAAAUGCUUCAUUGAAGUGGAAAACUGAUAACAUUUAGAAGGAAAAUAAACUAACUGUAAAGAGUAUUUAGGAAAUAAAGCUAAAACUAGCGACUAUAAAAGACUAAUUAAAAAAAGCCUAAAGAGAGACAGACAAAGAACUGUACUCAUAGACACUUUAAAGAUAAAAAAUCAGGUCAUCUGUUCAAUAAAUUUAAAGAGAUUUACAAGAAAAGCAAGAAGAUUAUGAUGAUUUAUUAGCAGAGGACUAGGAUAGAAUAAAUAUUUUAGAUAAAGCUUGUGAUAAUCAGAAAAUACGAUUUGAAUUACUUAAGAGCACAAUUUAGCAUUAAAUUAUUCCAGUUGAUUUGGAAUCUGAGAAAAGCCAGGAUUCAGAAACUAAGAAAUCUACUAGUCAUAUUCAAAGCAAGAUCUCUAACGCAUCGUUAUCAAGGGACUCCUAAAUAUAGAUUAAAUAGCCCUUACAGUUUGUCAAGAUAGACCUCAGUGAUGAUUUAUAUGUUUAGCCCCAAGGGUAAGGUGGAAUUAUAGCUGAUAAAGAGAUAAAAUCAAAGAAAUUAAAAGAUAAAAGAAGUAGUUUUGCAGCAGUUAACAGUAGUGUCACAGGAAGUAAGUAUACCCUUAAGUCUAGCAAGUCAACAUUGUCUUCCUCGCUAACUGGCAAUAGCACUAAAAAGACCAUUUUUGACCAGAAGAGAUAAUCACAAUCUCAGAGAUCCUAAAAGCAAUUGAAUGUAUGA